UCAUCAUCACCGGUGGAAUGGGCUUUCACCUUCAAGAAGACCCUUGAGAACGCCUUCAAGAUCGGCAACAGCCCUUUGACGAGGCCGGCAGCAAAAUCGUCGGCGAGAUCGUCGAGGAAGGCCAAGAAGAACAACGUCCAGAUCGUCCUGCCCGUCGACUACGUCACCGCCGACAAGUUCUCCGCGGACGCCACCGUUGGCUCGGCCACCGACGCCAACCAUCCUCUGGAACGGUCCCCGGUGUUCGAGCUUAAGCCCUUCGCCAAGGCUACCGAGGAUACGCUCGAUGCCGCUGUCAAGGCUGCUCAGUCCGGCUCCAUUGUCAUCAUCGGCGGUGGUGACACCAGCUACCGUAAAGCCGCCAAGCGCUCGCUCGAGCUCCCCGAAGGCAAGGAGUUGCCCGGUGUUGCUGCUCUGUCCAGCAAAUGA